AUGAUGCUAGAUUUAAUGAACCAAGCACAAUCCAUUCUAACUUCUUUGGACAAGCAAUCUGAGAGAACUAAAAGUGAACAUCGAGUUCGUUUGAAUGCUUCAAUUGAUGUGAUAAGGUAUCUUUUGAAAGAAGGAAUUUCUUUACGGGGCCAUGAUGAGAGUAUAACUUCUACUAGAAGAGGCCAUUUUUUAGAUCUCUUAAAAUGGUAUGCAGAUAGGAAGGAAUGUGUGAAAAAUGUGGUAUUAGAAAAAGCUCCAAAAAAUAACACCAUGACUUCUCCUGAUAUUCAAAAAGAUAUUGUGAAUUCUUGUGCAAAAGAAACGGUGAAAGCAAUUAUUGAAGACUUGAAUUGGAAUUUUUUUGGGAUAUUAGUUGAUGAGUCUAAGGAUGUCUCUCAUAAGGAACAAAUAGCUCUUGUUCUGCGCUAUGUCAAUAAAGAGGGUGAACUUAUUGAGCGAUUCCUUGGUCUUGUUCAUGUUAAAGUUGUUGCAAAGAAACACCAUGAUGUAAAUAAUUUUUUUGACAUUCUUGCUAAUGUUUUGAAUGUUGUUGGAGGUUCUUAUAAGCGUAGGGAGAUGCUUAGAGAUGAUCAAGGUGAACAAUUAGACGAGUUAUUAGUGCUUGGUGAAGUUCAUACAAGAAGUGGAUUAAAUCAAGAACUUGAGCUUCAAAGACCAGGUGAUACCCGUUCGGGAUCUCACUUUAAGACAUUGUAA